AGAAAGGAAUGGCAAAGUUUGAGAGAGCAUAGCAGAAAUGAGAAGUAACACUCUUUCUCUCCUUUGCCUUCUUUCUCUUGCUACCCUUUUGGGUGUUAAUGGCGCUGCAGCUGUAGCUCCAACUGUUGUCCCAAGACACGAUCUUUCAUCCUUCAACAAAACCCUUUUUCCUUCUACUUUUGUCUUUGGAAUCGGUUCUUCUGCUUAUCAGGCAGAAGGUGCAGCAAAUGUAGAUGGCAGAGGACCAUGUAUAUGGGAUACCUACACCCAACAGCACCCAGACAAAAUUUGGGAUCACAGCAGUGGUGAUGUGGGAGCUGAUUUUUAUCAUCGCUACAAGGAAGACAUAAAACUCGUGAAAGAGAUUGGGUUGGAUUCUUACAGAUUCUCCAUCUCUUGGACAAGAAUAUUUCCAAAGGGCAGGGACGUUGUUAACCCCUUGGGUGUUAAAUUCUACAACAACCUCAUCAAUGAGAUCCACGCAAAUGGUUUAUUUCCUUUUGUCACUCUUUUUCAUUGGGAUUUUCCACAAGCUCUUGAAGAUGAGUAUGGAGGAUUUAGAAGUCAUAAAGUAGUGGAGGAUUUUCGUAAAUAUGCUGACUUUUGCUUCAAGACCUUCGGAGAUCGAGUGAAACAUUGGGUGACUCUUAAUGAACCCUUAUCAUAUAGUCUGAAUGGUUAUGGUGGUGGAACCUUUGCACCAGGUAGAUGUUCUAAAUACGUUGGGAAUUGCAAUGCUGGUGACUCAGCCACUGAACCCUACAUCGUUGGACACAACCUCUUACUUGCUCAUGAGUCUGCUGCCACCUUGUACAAGACAAAAUACCAGGCUCGUCAAAAAGGAAAAAUUGGGAUCACCAUACCAACUCACUUCUUUCUGCCAAAAUCUAACACUGCUGCUGAUAACAAGGCUGCAAGCAGAGCUCUGGAUUUUUUCUUUGGUUGGUAUGCUCAUCCGGUUACAUAUGGUGACUAUCCUGAAAGUAUGAGAUCUUCAGUGGGAGCUAGACUCCCUGCUUUCACAAAAGUCGAAUCAGAAGGCCUAAAAAAUUCCAUUGAUUUUCUUGGUGUGAAUUAUUACACCACAUAUUAUGCAGAACAUGCUGCACCAGUCACCACCAACAGGACCUUCUACACAGAUAUACUAGCUACUCUCACCACGGAAAGGAAUGGCCUAUUAGUUGGACCUAAGACUGAUCUGAAUUGGCUCUUUAUCUAUCCCAAGGGAAUUCAUCAUCUUAUGUUACACAUAAAGGACCAAUACAAAAAUCCAGAUGUUUACAUCACAGAAAAUGGCAUUGCUGAAUCAAGGAAUGACUCCAUACCAGUGGAUGAAGCACGCAAAGAUGCAAUAAGAAUUAGAUACCAUAAUGGCCAUCUCCAAUUCCUUCUUCAAGCCAUCAAGGAAGGUGUUAAUGUGAAGGGUUACUAUGCAUGGUCAUUUUCUGACAGCUUUGAAUGGGAUGCUGGUUACACAGUUAGAUUUGGCAUCAUAUAUGUGGAUUACAAGAACAAUUUGAAAAGAUACCCCAAGUUCUCUGCUUUUUGGCUGAAAAAGUUCCUUCUCGGCUGAUCUAUUGUUUCUUUGACAUGUCUAGUGUUUUUCUUGUUUACUCGCUAAGUAUCACUUCUGUUGUUGUGGGUAAUCAAGAAAUAGUUGUUAUCAAAUAAAUAGUGCAAUAGCAUGUCAAUGUAUUAUACCACCGGUUCAUAAGGGUGGCCGUGAGUUCUAGAGGUUCACUGUGUGAGGAAAUUGCUAAUAAUAAUCCUAUCUCUUUUUAUAA